AUGGAACGUGGAGCUCCUCUCUCUCACUAUCAGCUACCCAAAUCCAACUCUGGAUUCAAUCUGGACCAGCACAACAACUCAAUCCAGUCAGUGACCGGCUCCAUCGUUUCCGGGGACGACAAGAGCCAAACUGUCGUGGUCCAGCAACAGCCAUGUGUGGCUCGUGAACAAGACCAAUUCAUGCCAAUCGCAAACGUCAUCAGGAUCAUGCGUCGUAUCUUACCUGCGCAUGCCAAAAUCUCCGACGACGCCAAAGAAACCAUUCAAGAAUGCGUCUCGGAGUACAUCAGCUUCGUGACCGGUGAGGCCAACGAGCGUUGCCAACGUGAGCAGCGCAAGACCAUAACUGCUGAAGACAUCCUUUGGGCUAUGAGCAAGCUUGGGUUCGAUGAUUACAUCGUUCCCCUCCAAGUGUUCAUUAGCCGAUACCGUGAGUUCGAGAGCGACCGUGGGUGUUCACUUAGAGGUGAGUCAUCGUCGUUUAAACCGGCCUAUGGAGGAAGUGGUGUUGUAUAUCAACACCCAUCUCAUGGCCUACCUCAACCGGGUCCUUAUGGAUAUGGUAUGAUGGAUCAGUCUAUGGUUAUGGGUGGAGGUAGGUACUACCAGAACGGGUCGGGUCAGGAUGGAUCUGGCGGUGAUGGUGGAUCUCAGGCUUCCAUUAACGGCAUGCCGAUGUUUGACCAGUAUGGUCAGUAUAAGGGAAUGUGA